AUGCUGGACGGCACGACGGAUGUCUCAGGCAGGAUGGUGCAUGGGAGGCAACAGGCAUUUUUCAUACCGACGCAGGUUCUGUACAGCGUGGCUGAGCUGGGUGUUGCGGAUGAGCUCGGCAUGAAGGGCCCCCGAACUGCACAGGAGCUCGCCAUGUCCCUGGGUGUUGACGAGAAGCGGCUCUACAGAGUUUUGAGGAGCGCCGUUCAGAUGGGAGUGUUUGCUGCGAUCAAGCCAAAGGAGGCAGGCGGCGCUGUCGGGUGCAAGAAUAACCGCCUGUCUGCCUGCCUCCGGGAAUACCACCCCAACUGCCUGCGAGAAAUGAUUCUGUAUUUUACUGAGCACAGCAACCCGGCGUUUGAUGAGCUGGCGUGGGCGGUUCGUACAAACGGCCACGCGUGGAAGAAAACUCAUGAUGGGCUCAGCCAGUUCGAUUGGCUGCAGCUGCACCCGAAGGAGGAACAGCUAUUCUGCAAAGCCAUGCAGCAAGUUGACGGGCUCGGGACGCAUGCGAUGGCUACGGAUUACGGCUGGAACGGGCAUUCGCGGAUCGUGGACAUUGGCGGCGCUUACGGAUCCUUCAUGGCGCACCUGCUCUCCGUAAACCGUAAGCCGCUGGGGAUAAUCGAGAGGGCGAAGGAAAUUUGGGCGGAGAACCCCGAGUGGUCCACCCUCACCCCCCGCAUGGAAUUUGUGGCAGGCGAUUUUUUCAACGCAGAGACACUGCCCAAGGCUGCGGAUGGCGAUGUUUUUGUGAUGCGCUUGAUUUUGCACGACUGGGACGACAGCGAUUGCGUCAGGAUUCUGUCCAGCCUUUGCACAGCCAUGGGCUCUGCCAAAGCCCGCCUGCUCAUUGUCGAGACCACGCUUGGGGGGGGGGCGGAGUUUUUGGACCCGCUGUUCCGGCGAGCCUUGCUUGACUUGCACAUGAUGGUCGUGCACGACAGCGCUGAGCGGACUGUCCCAGAAUGGAAGGACAUUCUGCAGAAGGCGAGCUUUUCUUUUGGUCGCCACAUCCCUACUCGCAGCGUAUUCUCGAUAGUCGAGGCAUUCCCGGCUUAAGGUCAAAUCCAAAUGGAGAUUCAAAUGGGCACUGCUGAGUUUGGGGCAGAAUUGCUUUGCUGAGGAAUCCAGCUGAUGCUGACUCAGUGGGAAUUUGAAAGACGAAGCUACAUUGGCUCUUCCUGAAGUGUUUUGCAACUUGCAAUUGCAUGUGCGUUAUUUUUCAGGGAUUCCUUCAGGGCUGACUUGAAGUAUGACACUGGUACUAAGCAUGAACGCUCCUAUAGCACUUUGGGCUUAUAUGGCACCAAAGUGCGCCAGAAGUGUUUUUUGAGCCAUUUCAAAAACUAACGAUGCUUUUUAGGCCCUAUGGACAUUGCAGAUGAUUCUAGCAAUUUGGAGCAGAUGCUGCGCAGCUAAGUCUUGUGACUUUGAGCACAAGGCAUGGAUGGCAGGUGCUUCAGAGGAGAGGUCCAACCUGAUGAUUAAUCGAUUGUUAGCUGGGGUUUGUUGUAUUUAUUUGGGUGUGGAAUUUGCAUGUAUAAAAUUGCCCGUCAAAAGCAGCAGUCAAUCUUUACAUAACACACUAUGUGGGUGGAAAACGGGCCGUACUUAGUGUGGGGCAAUACUUCGAGGGUAUUACGGGGAGAUGGUGCAAGUAACUCACAACCUCAGCACGUGCUUGAAUUUCUGAUAUGAAAGCCAUGUGGAACGCUUGCAGAUGUUGGACGGAGUGCUGUAAACACACGCACACGCU